UGUAAUUAUUGUAAAAUAAGCCUAAUAAACUGUCUUGAUUAAUAGCUAAACAUUUGGACACUGUAAGCCAGUAAAAUAGUUUUCUUUUGUCAUUUGGGAACCAUUCAAACAAUAUAAGAGUAUUGUAGAUGUGAGUUUGCGCGGGAAAUUCCUAUAAUCUCUUUUCACCCUUAUUGAUCAUCUAUUUUCCCGCCUGCAUAGUCAUGCACGCUGUCAAAGGGCUCGUGCACUCCCGCAAUUUCACGCUUCCCAUUUACAACGUGCGCACACGCACACGCUCCACCUGUUUGAGCGCGCACCUCUUUUGUUUUCGGGCAAAGUCGCUCAAAGGAGGAUCAGGCUAAUUUAAAGUUUUCCUAUUGAACCUUCAGCCGCUGCCUGAUUGGCUGAAAGUGUGGGAAACAGAAGACGCGCGCAAUCCACGUGUAUUUAACGGGAGAGCGUGCCAAGAGUGACAGAAGCGCACAAGAACAGCAGACAAACUUUUAGUCAGGAUGGCUCCCACUGUUUACAAGCCUGAGACUGGAACGAAAAAAACUAAUUUGAGAAAGCCAGCUGUGGAGAAGUUGCGCAGAGAUCGUAUCAACAAAUGCAUUGAACAACUUAAAGCUCUUCUCAAGACUGAGAUAAAAGCCAACCAGCCGUGUUGUAAACUGGAGAAGGCUGAUGUCUUGGAAAUGGCUGUCAUCUACCUGAAGAAGUCCACGCAGCACGAUCCUGACGCACACGCGCAAAGCUACGCGGACGGGUUCUCCAGGUGCUUACAGGAGACGGCACGGUUUCUGUCUGUUCACAACCAGCUCCAGAUAACCAAACCCGCGUUAACGGAGCACUUUGACAGGACCCAGCAACCCAAAACCAGCGCAAAGGUUGUUUGCGCGUCUGCGCCCAAAGACAGCUGUCAUGUCAUCUCCAAACGCGCAGGAGCGCAGGCGCUGUGGAGACCUUGGUGAUCUUCAUAUAGCGACUUUAUAAAGAUACAUAGAGAACGAUUGUGUUCUCUAUUUUAGUAGAACAUAUUGUUUCAUUAAUGUAUGUUAAAGUAGACAGCAUCUGUCUUGACGCAUAGAAUGUACCAGUCUACCCCAUGUCUAAUUCUGAAGAGCACAUAUCUACUGCUUUACUUCACCUGUGUGAAGAUUAUUAUUAAUAUUUACAUAUUGUAAAAAUGAGGACUUUGUCACCUCUGUAUGUUUUUGUUUAAAAUGAGGACUGUCACCUCGUUAUGUUUCUGUUAAACAUGUUUUUUAAAGAUUUAUAUGAAUCUGUUUAUUUGAUCUAUCAUAUUGAUAGAAUAUGUAAAAGUUUCUUGUUUUUUAAGAAAUAAAUUAAAAUGAAACAUUUCUGUUUUACAUUCG